AUGUCUACCCUCGAAAUUGAAGCUCGAGAUGUCAUCAAAAUUGUGCUUCAGUUUUGCAAAGAAAAUUCGUUGCAUCAGACUUUUCAGACGUUGCAGAAUGAAUGCCAGGUUUCUCUGAACACUGUUGACAGCAUUGAAACCUUUGUUGCUGAUAUUAAUAGUGGGAGAUGGGAUGCUAUAUUGCCUCAAGUUUCUCAACUCAAGCUUCCCAGGAAUAAAUUGGAAGAUUUGUAUGAGCAGAUUGUACUAGAAAUGAUUGAACUUCGAGAACUGGAUACUGCUCGUGCAAUUUUAAGGCAAACACAGGUUAUGGGUGUAAUGAAACAAGAGCAGCCUGAAAGAUAUUUGCGACUUGAGCAUCUUCUAGUUAGAACUUAUUUUGAUCCAAAUGAGGCUUAUCAAGACUCAACAAAAGAGAGGCGACGUGCACAGAUAGCCCAAGGUCUUGCAGCAGAAGUUACUGUAGUGCCACCAUCCCGAUUGAUGGCUUUAAUUGGUCAAUCUUUGAAGUGGCAGCAGCAUCAAGGGUUGCUUCCUCCAGGAACACAGUUUGAUUUGUUUCGUGGAACAGCUGCUAUGAAACAAGAUGUGGAUGACAUGUAUCCAACAGCUCUUUCUCACACGAUAAAGUUUGGGACUAAAAGUCAUGCAGAAUGUGCUUGCUUUUCACCAGAUGGGCAGUUUCUCGUAUCGUGCUCUGUUGAUGGGUUUAUUGAGGUGUGGGAUUACAUAAGUGGAAAGCUGAAGAAAGAUCUUCAGUACCAAGCUGAAGAAGUGUUUAUGAUGCAUGAUGAUGCGGUGCUUUGUGUAGACUUUAGCAGAGAUUCAGAAAUGCUUGCGUCUGGGUCUCAAGAUGGAAAGAUUAAAGUCUGGCGUAUUAGGACUGGCCAGUGCUUGCGGCGUCUUGAACGGGCUCAUUCCCAAGGUGUCACCAGCGUUUCCUUCUCUCGUGAUGGAAGCCAGUUAUUAAGCACUUCAUUUGAUAGCACAGCAAGGGGAGUUAGACCUCUGUCAAUUGAAAUUACUCAUUUCUGUGCUGCUCUCCAGUCCAACUCCUGCGAAUCUUUAGUUAUUCUUUUAAAACGUAGGAUCCACGGCCUCAAAUCUGGAAAGAUGUUGAAAGAGUUUCGUGGCCAUACAUCUUAUGUGAAUGAUGCAACUUUUACACAUGACGGGAGUCGUGUGAUUACUGCCUCAAGUGACUGUACGAUCAAGGUCUGGGAUGUGAAGACUACAGACUGCAUACAAACUUUUAAGCCACCUCCUCCUUUAAGGGGAGGUGAUGCUUCAGUCAAUUCUGUUCACAUUUUCCCCAAGAAUACUGAUCACAUUGUCGUUUGUAACAAAACGUCAUCCAUAUAUAUCAUGACACUUCAAGGACAGGUUGUAAAGAGCUUUUCAUCUGGUAAAAGAGAGGGCGGAGACUUUGCUGCAGCCUGUGUUUCACCUAAAGGAGAAUGGAUUUACUGUGUUGGUGAAGACAGCGUUAAAUUCUUAAUGGGAUGGCAAAUUGAAUGCAGGAAUAUGUACUGCUUCAGCUAUCAAUCUGGAAAAUUGGAGCAUCUGAUGAAGGUCCAUGAGAAGGAAGUUAUAGGUGUAGUUCACCAUCCCCAUAGGAAUCUUGUUGCAACAUUUAGUGAAGACUGCACAAUGAAGUUAGUUGGUAAUCAAAGAGAAGAAGGAAGCAUCCUUGCAUGGCUGCUGCAGCAGCAUUUGGACCAUUAUAAAUACACGUCUGAGUAG